GGUGCGGUGCGCAUGCGCACGCGCGGGUCAGGGUUGACAGCAGUGCACACAGUCGUGGAAGGAGUGCGGCGGCUAAGCUAACUGCAACCAUCGUAACUAGCUACAUGUGGAGGGUAAAACGGGAGGUAACCCCGACCCUAACUCUUUCAAAAUCCCCCCUUUUGGCCCAAACCAACUCUACACUUCAACCCAGUCGAAACUAAGGAAUAACAGUGGUUUACAAUGAAAGGUAGCCGGAUCGAGCUUGGGGAUGUUACGCCCCACAACAUUAAGCAGCUGAAACGCCUGAACCAGGUCAUCUUCCCUGUCAGCUAUAACGACAAGUUCUACAAAGAUGUACUGGAAGUGGGAGAACUUGCCAAGCUAGCAUACUUCAAUGACAUUGCAGUCGGGGCUGUGUGCUGCAGAGUGGACCACUCCCAGAACCAGAAGAGACUGUACAUCAUGACACUCGGCUGUCUAGCACCCUACCGCAGACUAGGAAUCGGUACAAAGAUGCUGAAUCAUGUGCUAAACAUCUGUGAGAAGGAUGGCACUUUUGACAACAUUUACCUUCACGUGCAGAUCAGCAAUGAGUCGGCCAUUGACUUUUACCAGAAGUUUGGCUUUGAGAUCAUUGAAACAAAAAAGAAUUACUACAAGAGGAUAGAGCCUGCAGAUGCCCAUGUGCUGCAGAAGAGUCUGCGCAGCCCAUGUGCACCCCCCACCGGAGAGCUUCAGAAGGCAGAGUAGGGGCACAGCUUUUGGGAAGAACACAGCUGUGCCCGCCUCCACAGAAACAGAACUGUGACAAAUGCCCCAGGGUCGACACAUUCAACACUUUCUUCAAAGGACGUUAAAAAAAGAGAAAACAAAUUUACAAAAGUACAAAAAUGGCUGCAUUUAUUUUGCAAAGGGGUCCCCUUAAUUUUGCAUAUUUUAUUGCCCCCUUUCCUCAUUCAGAUAAUUGACAAUGACACAAAGCUCAGACUCCAAAAGUGCUCCUAUUUGACAAAGCUGCCAACUUCAGACAGUUUUAGACUCGGUGGAGGGGGAGGGGGGUGGUUUUUGCAAAUCAUACUGUUUGUGUUUGAGUUGUUUUUAUGCGGUUAUAAAGCUAACGGGGACAUAUCUUUACUGUUUUAGCAAAAGAAAACAGUUUAUUUUGAAGCGGGAAAGUCUUUUGACACACUGAGUCCCAGCUGGUAACCAUGGAGUGAUGCUUCGAGUUGUCAUGGUGACAUGUGGAACACUCACAACUCCAUUUCCUGACCACCUGAACCCUGGGACCUAUGGGAAGCGUUUGACCAGUCGGUCUGUCAUGUCCAGGGGGAAAAGCAGAAAAUCUGCCCCCACGGUAUGGGCGUAAGGAAGGUUGAACAGUUUUGAGGUGGUCACUGCUCAUAAAAUCUGAACAGUUUUGUUUUUCAUCCUGUUAAUUUAAUUCCCCUUCAACUGUUUCUGUUUUUUUACAUUGAGAUGGCGAAUGGUUCAGAGGUUCUCCUGGGUUUGGUACGAAGGCAGCAGAUGUUAAAAAAUCAGUUUAUCAGAUGGGUAGAGAUGAGAGAACUCGGCAAAAUAACAUUGUGUAGAAUAAUGUGUUUUUGAGAAGGACACACACCACAAUGUCCAGUGAAGUAACCGAAUAGCCGACAUGUUAGCAGGUUGAUGGUGUGAAUCACAAUUUGCGUUAUUAGCAGUUCUUUAGAGGGUGUGUCUGUCUCUAAACACAUAGACGUACCUUGUUUAACAUGGCAUCCUGAGUGCCCACCUAGUAGGAAUCCAGUCUCAUCAAACUUCCUGCCAAAGUCAGCUUCUGUCAUUACGUAGAUCUUAACUAGAUUUUGAAGAUUGCCUGAUAGCUUGGAGGUUUGUUUAGCAUGGUCUCUCUCACACACAGUAUGCGACCCAGGGGAAGCUCUGAUCUUCUGCAUGCUAGGAGAGUUGUGUCCUCUCCACUGUAGUAUAAGCAUGUUUUUCCUUUCUUUGAAGAAUUUUAUCUUUUCUGGAGCUCUAUAUUGUAAGACUUUUUAACCUCUAAAUAAAGGAAUUACUAUUUGCAUUA